AGAGAGACCUUGGGGAAAACACUGGGAUGGGCAAGGCAGUGACUCUGCGCACACAGCCCCGUCUCAGUCAUCUCUGUUCUCCAGGGCUCUGCGAGUCCCAGUGCUGCUGCCAGCAGUGAUGCACGCAGGCUCUCGCUGCUGCUCCCAGUAGCACUAGCAGGAGGCAGUCCACAUAGGGGAUCAGGACACUGACCAAGUGCCCCAGCCACGAGAGAGGGGAGAGGGUGAAAAAGAGGAAAAGGGAGAGGCUGGAAGGGGAAGUAAGUGAGGAAAGAGAUUACCAACUCCAAGCUUUGCCCAGACUAACUUCUUGCAUCUCUCCAUACAUCAUUAUUAAAGCUAACUCUGUAAAAGUAAUGUUAUCAAUAUUUCUUUUUGACUAAUCAAGCAUCUUAUUGUAAUCUGAGGAGCAGGGAGAGGAACAGCCAGUUCCUGCCCUUACCGCUAAGAGAAAUGGCCUGCUUUCAGGCGGUAGUGUAACUGGGGGCUGCCUUUGGGCACUAGCUUAAUUAGGGGUGGGCAAGAGGGGCACCAGCCUUGGGCACUGACUUGGAGGGGUCGCUGGAAUUGCAGCCCCCCCAGCUGCCGGGGGUAGCAGCAGCCCUGCACCACAGCAUUAGCAGCCGGGUCAGGGACAGCAAGCACGCCACUGAAGCAGCUGAUCUGCAACAGACGGGGGCAGACAGACAGCGAUGGGGCAGCAACCGCUGGGGUCUUUGAGACCCUGGGACAGCAGGUGCUAGGACUGUGAGUGAUAACCAAGCAAACCCUUGUCUUUGAGAAACUCCCAGAAAUGUCUCCAAAACGAUCCAAAGGAAACGUGUCUCAGAACACAGAGCAAGGGAAAAACCUGAAGAGUCAGGGCAGAUUAGAAGCACAGCAGCAAAACCAUCCGGAGGAGAGAGAAAGUAAAUCGACUCACCGCGGGAGAGGCGUAAGGAAACGCAAAGACACCAUUGUCCGCCAGAGGACACAUUCAGGAGAAAAGCCAAACAUCUGCAUCGAGUGUGGGAAAAGCUUCACCCAGAGCUCUGACCUUCUGAACCAUCGGAGAAUCCACACAGGGGAGAAGCCCUACAAAUGCAUUGACUGUGGGAAGAGCUUCCGUGUGAGCUCGAACCUCAUCAGACACCAGAGAACCCACAUGGGGGAGAAACUUCUCAUCUGCUCCGACUGUGGGGAGAGCUUCACCAGCAAGGCCACCCUGACCCAGCACCAGUGUAUCCACACAAGAGACAAGCCCUGUAAAUGCAUCGACUGUGGGAAGACCUUCAGCCGGAGUUCCCAGCAUAAGAGACAGCUGAAGAGCCCUCCUGGGAAGAAGCAGAGUAAAUACUCCCAUCAGGAAAGCCCUACCGUCAAGAAGGUCAAAGAAACCAAAGCAUCCAAGAAGAAAACCCCGACCAUCGAGUUCCCCAACACGUGCGCGGAGUGCUGGCAGACCUUCAGCCAGAACUCAGACCUGGUCAAGCACAUGCGCAUCCACACGGGCGAGAAGCCCUAUGAGUGCACUCACUGCGGGAAGUGCUUCAAUGUGAGCUCAAACCUGAUCAGACACCAGCGAAUUCACACGGGAGAGAAACCGUACACAUGCUCUGACUGCGGGAAGAGCUUCACCGACAAAUCCACCCUGACGCAGCAUCACCGCAUCCACACGGGCGAGAAACCCUACGAGUGCAUUUACUGCGGGAAGAGCUUCAGCCGCAGCUCCCACCACAAGAGACACCAGAGAACCCACACGGGAGAAAACCCUCUGCCCUUCCUGCCUUUAUGGCCGUACCCUACUCAAGCAUGUUAGGUGUGGAUUUAAGAUGAAAACCUUCACUUCAGCAGUGUGAGGGGGCAAGAGGUGGGCAGCAGAGGAGAUAGGAGUUGUGAGCUUGUGGCAUCUGCUUUUGGGGAUUAACAGGGUCAUGAGUACUGGGAGGGAGCUGUAUGGCUUUUAGCAGUGAUUAUUAGGGUCAGGGGUAGGCUUGUAGGAGAGAGGGCUGUAUUAGUUGGGGGGUAAGCAGAAUUGACUAGAGAUUAGGAAUGGUAUUGGUGGCAGGGUCAAUAGGUGGUAGGAUAAGGCAAGUAUGUGUGCGUGUGUAUGUAUUGUUACAUUUUUAAUACUGGCCUGUGUGGAAUGAAUUGUAGGUUUCUUUCCAUUUCCAGUAGGACACAUGUUUAUGCCCUCAGAAACACAGUAAGACUAAAGCUUACUGGCUUUGCUAUGGAGCAUCCAAGGGAUGAAUGAGCCCUGGAGACUGAGCUGCCCUCUUGAGGAGGCCCUUCAUGAAAGGACUGAAGCACAGUUUUAGUGCUGUGGAUACUAAGGGGCUCUCUUCAGCCGCAGCAUAUUCACAUCUGUUUUGCUCUCCAAAGGCAAACAAGGGCUGCUCCCCCUGCACUGUUUGGAACGGGGGAUUAUCCUUUUAAUAUUCUAAUGUAUAAUUAACCCCUUCGAUUACUAACCUUCUCUUUCUCUUUCUGUGCUGUAAUAGGAAAGACCAUGCUAGCCCCUCUGGGGUGCAUGGGAACUUGACUAUGCACACUGUAGAAUAAGUAGCAAUUAACAACAUGUUUAAACCAAAUAAGCACUUUUGGUAUUUUA